CACAUUGUAGCGCGACGAGCGACUCGAGGACGGUCGCCACCCAUUCUCGUUCCCCGUCAUUCUUCAGUUGCGCACCGCACGAUCUGUACUACGCUCGCUACCGCCGGACAAAAAUGUGUUACGCGUAUUAGUGUGCUAAGGUUUCAAGUGACAGUGCUAGUGAUUCAAAUCUUAACUUUACGUUCGAUCUACAAGAAUUCACUUAGAGGAUGAUGGCUCCCGAGACAGUGGUGACUGUUGAUCACAAUAAACCAACACAGCAGCAGGCGCCACCGCAACAGCAGCAAGGCGGUGCGCUUGACUGGAUUAAAAUCAAUGUUAAUUAUUUCAAAACACCACCCGGUAUAUUGAAAAUUUUUCAACUGGUGUUAGGUAUUUUGUGUAUGUCGCUGGGCACUCCAUGGGCAUCCGCGUGGUAUGUUUUCGUGGCUGUCACCGCUUUCAUCACUACUCUCAUGUGGAGCUUCGUCUAUCUGCUCAGCAUUCGAGAGGCUCUUAAGAUACCCAUCAAUUGGGUACUGUCAGAACUCAUCAGCACAAGUCUGGAGACGUUAUUCUACCUCAUAGCCUUCAUAGUUAUGUUUACAUCAGUCUACGGCAACUAUGGACGCAACGUAGCUGCUGCUGUUUUUGGUAUAUUCAACAUGCUGGCGUAUGGUGCCAGUUCGUACUACUUGUAUCAAGAGCAUAGAAGCAGUGCAACCGCUGCUGCAGCGUGAAAAGUCACUCCUGCACCGGUGCAACAGAAGAACAAUACUUGUUGUUAAUUUUAUUUCACAGAAAUCUUUAUAGUCUAUUGUACAGUCGUUUAACAAGCUUUAUUUGACGAUUUUUGAUAAAAGAAAAUAUAUCGUAUUUAUCUAAUUAAUUAUUGAUGAAAUUAUUUACGUAUAUUGAAUUUAAAAACUUAGCUAUUUUUAUAUAAUAUAAAUUAUUACGAAAUCAAAAGGCCAUAGAUAAUUUGAGAACGAACUUCUAUACUAAAGUAACCAUAAAUUAUGAUAAAGUGUGACUGUGGUUUUGAUUCAUAUUACAUGGGAUAUGUUUGAGGUCAAAUAUUUCUUUUACAUUUAUUAUAUGCUAAGAUUUCUCAAAUAUCACUUGUAGGUAUUACUUAGUAAUUAUAUUCGGUUAACACUGACGUUUCAAUAUACGGGCACUUUGCACAUUUUAUUAUUCAGUAUGAUCGUUAUGAUUCCCUUUGCAACUAGUCGCAUUUAUAGAAUGAACUCGAGUGACUUAAAAUCUAAAAUUAAGAAAUUGAUAGUUUACAAUAUAAUUUAUAUAUAUAUAUAAAUUAUAUUAUAUAUAUAUUCAUAUUAUGUCGGACUCGAAAAUUGAUAUCUUUGUUUUAUUUACUUAACUUUACAAGUAUUCAUUUUAUAAUUGCUGUAAACAGUACCUACUUUUGUAUAACUACAGUCAGCAACGAACAUAAAAACAGAUAUAAUUACAAUUAACAUUGAAGGUUGUGAAAUAAUUAUCUUCAAAUUCUCGAUAUAAAUUCGUUCGCAAGUCGUGUCGUGUCAAUAGAGCAGCAUUAUAUAAAUAAUCUGUUUACGGUGCAAAUUAGAAUAUACCAUAGUAUUACAUGUAUACCUAAUAUUAUUUUUAUAUUCUGUACUAUAAUGUUGAUUAAACAUAUGUGUCAAUUGUUGUUAAGUUAUGAAAUAUAAGAUUUCAUACCUAAGUACCUAAUAUUAGAAUGUGAGGGUUAUUAUUUACACACUAGCUUAAUUUAACUAAUAUGUAAUGAGUUAAUAAAACACGUGUUAACAUA